GGAAGCCGUUGACGCUGAAAUAUCUUCAUCACAUCAGAAAACGCUAGUGGUGUUUAGAAGAUUUAAAUGAUGAAUUUAAAACAGAUUUGUUAAGUUUCUGACUUGUAGAUAUGAUUUAAUUUGAUAACGAAGCUGACUCUGGUAAACGACAUGCCGGAAACUAAGCAUUUAACUUGUUUAUCGGUUGCCUGACAACGGAGAGAAAAGAUGGCGGAUGAAGGCAGGCGAGGCGAGGAAGAUGGCGGCCCCGGAGCGGUUCACCAGGUCUUCGUGGUGAUGGAGUCUCUGCUGGAGAAGUUAAAGGUGUUGAACUAUGAGGAGGAGAUCCUGGCCAAACACAACAUGAAGAAUCUGUCCCGACACUACUUUGUCUCCAGCCCGUUUCUGGCGGUGAACCCGGGCGAGCAGUUCUUCCUGUUCACCGUCAUCGCUGCCUGGCUCAUCAACGAGGCGGGGCGGCCCUUCACGGCGCCGCAGGAGCACGACGAGCCGAACGCCACCGUGUCCAACAUCCUGUCCGAGCUGCGGGCCUUCGUGAGUCACAGCUUCCUGUCGUUGCUGUCCCGAGAGAGAGGUGUGAAGGUGGACUUCCCGCCCUCCAAACUGAAGUCCGGGUCAGGAGAGUUCGUGUGCUUGGUGUUGGACCGCCUGGCCGAGGAGGCUCUGAAGAGGAAGGGCUUCUCCUUCAGGAGACCAGACUACCCAGCAGAAACCACAGAAGAAGAGUCGGUGGUCGAGGACGACGCAGAGCUCACGCUCAGCAAAGUGGAGGAGGAGAUGAUCGAGGAGCCUGACGACGAGGAGGAGAACGUGAUGGACCUCGAGGCUCUGAAGUUACGCACCUGUCCCACGGAUACAGAAGCCUCCUCCAAACCAGAGGAGAUCCUGGAGGCCACGGUGGACGCAGCGGAGUGGAGCCUGGAGGUGGAGAGAGUCCUGCCGCAGCUCAAAGUCACCGUCAGGACCGACAACAAGGACUGGAGGAUCCACGUGGAGCAGAUGCAUCAACACAGAGACGGGAUCAAGUCCUCGCUCAAAGAAGCCACG